UCCACUCGCCGGAACUCCCAAUCAUACUUCAGUUCAAGCAGUCGUCUCCUCCUCUCGCUUUUCUUAGAACAUAACAAUUCUACAAGGAACUCAGCUAUGAAGGUCUUCUCUCUCGCGGUGGUGCUCGCCCCGCCGAACGGUACCUGCACCAUCCUAACCAGCGCGUCCGACCUGUCCUCGUUCUCGUUCUACCAACGGGGCUCGGUUGCGGAGUUCAUGUCCUUCUUCACCAAGACCAUUUCAGAGCGCACACCCCAGGGCCAACGCCAGAGCGUCCAGGAGAACUCGUACACCGCACACGUCUACAACCGCGGCGGCGCGGAACAGCUAGCAGGCGUCAUCAUUACGGACCAGGAGUACCCCGUCCGGCCCGCAUUCUCGCUCCUCACGAAGCUGCUAGACGACUUCAUUGCGAAGGUGCCGCAGGCGUCGUUCAAAACCCCCGCGGCGAUCUCGUUCCCGGAGAUCAACACGUACCUGCAGAAGUACCAGGACCCGCGGCAGGCGGAUGCGAUCAUGAAGGUCCAGCAGGAACUGGAUGAGACCAAGAUCAUUCUGCACAAGACAAUUGAGUCGGUCUUGCAGCGCGGAGAGAAGAUCAACGACCUGGUGGACCGCUCGACUGCGCUCUCCGCGCAGAGCAAGAUGUUCUACAAGACGGCCAAGAAGCAAAACUCCUGCUGUGUUAUUAUGUAAAGCAGCGAUGCCUCUUGCGCGCCGCGUCUUGCCGGCACACACUACGACGCUCACGACCAGUUACUGUACGACGUUUCCAACUGCACGUCAUGUCCGGACGCGCGUCGGCCGUUUAUUGCUUUUCUGUAGAGCUCUGCCUUUCACCUGUAGUAGUACGAUCGCGUCCAGACUGGCCAGCGGGUUAUAUACCAAUCUAUUCACGGACUUCGG